AUGGACACUCCUUACGUCCGCUCACCCAUGGCGACAGAAAGAGCGCUCGACCUGGAGAGGUGAUAGGCAAGCUGCUAGGAGAGGAAUGGUGAAUACCGAGCCGAAGCACUGAAAAGGGGCGCUCAAGGCUGAAGAGACACAAACGAGAUCCACAUCUCCCCAUCUCGAGAAAGUGAGCCGUGUGACAGGCGACGCUGUCAAAAACCCUUUUGCACGAUUCAGAUACCCACUCGAAAACAUGUCGCACAUCAAGACGGCGCUGAUUACUGGCUCCACAGAUCCAAAAGCUCUAGGUUUUACCGCUGCGCUUGUCUUGGCAAAGGCGCACAACUUCAACGUCAUUCUAUCGGGCCGCAAGAAGCCGGCAGUGGAUGAAGCCGUCCAGCUACUUCGCACAAAGCUCUCUGAGAACGCCGCUACUGGUCGAUAUAGCUGUAGGGUAAGACGGCUGGACAUCUGAGCGCCUGUAGAUCUGCCGCUAAUUUCAAUGCUUCGCCCACCCUUCGCUACCCCUCACCGUCCCUUUUUUGGGGCAAGGUGGAAGGCCUCGUGCUAGACGUGACCUCGGCGGAGUCGAUCAAAAAUGCCCUUGCAGUGCUUCACAGCAGCGAUGGACCUCUCGGCGGAGACCCACUUGACGUGCUUAUCAACAACGCAGGCGUAGGAGCUCCUCCUGGCCUGGCUGGCAAGGGCACCACCACCAUGUUUUUAGCGACCGAAGACACUAGGGCCGUCGAUGUUGCUACUGUGAUGAACACAAAUGUUGGCGCAGUUGUCGAAGUGACAAGUGAGAAGUUCAACGAUGCGAGGGUCCAAGGGUGCCUGACCGCUGAUAUCGCCAGCUACACUGUCCUCGAAGAUGCUCUGAUCCCUUUUUUGUCGAGGUCGGACGCUCCGAGGAUAGUAAACGUGGGGUCUGCUCGUGGCUCUAACAGCUUCGCUUCUGGUCUACCAGCACAGCGAACUGGAGCACUCGUCUACAAUGCAUCCAAAGCUGCAUUGAGUGAGUACGAAACAUGUUCCAGCCUAGUUCUCUGGCCAGGAGGUGAAAGUGCUCAUCCGAUCGGCCAUCCACAGACAUGGUCACGAUUAUGCAAGCCAAGAAUCUUCCGGCUGUCGUAAAGCGUGAGCUUCAACUUUGCGUCUGCAACGCCUGCAGCUGACGUGUACUAUUGCCACACAUUUACUCAUUCAGCCAAUCUCAAAGUAAACGCCGCAGCGCCUGGUCACGUUUCCACGCCGUUUAACAGCUUCACAGGAAAUAGGACUUUGGAAGCGGGGGCAGGCGUCUACGUGCAUCUCGCAACGCUUCCAGAAGAUGGCCCGAGUGAGUAGCCAGAGAGACAGUGUGGAAGACUUCACCUUUUUGAUGACUGGACACUGUUCCCGAUACCACGGCGCUUGUUAGCUGGCCAGCUCAUUGGCGACCACGCGCCCUUUUCAAGCGAUGGGCAUUUCGUGCAAUUACCCUGGUGACUUGUUUGCCCUAGUCAUCCGAGUCCCAUGCGACAUCACUUGGGCUCCUCUGCAUCAUUCAUCCGUUCAGUAUCAUGCCAUACCAGCCAAGGAGAAAUGCUGAAUGAGAUGGAAAACUCGAUUAGCGACUACAUUGCCGGAAGGCAUAGGGCUUACUGA